AUGAAGAACUAUAAAGUAUUCAAGAAACCUUACAUCCUCAUUGAAGACUGCAAAAACAAAUACCAGCCGUUUUACAAGGAAUACGCUAACUCUGAAGCUCCAAAGCUUCAUCUGGACAGUCCAACGCUGUGCUGCCCAUUCCAAGCAACCAAAAAAUACAAACAAUCAGGUAAGCGAAGACACACCAGAGAAGGCUUCUGCGAGGUCUGUUAUGUCAGGUUCAGCAACUACGAGGAGCACAUCAAGGAGUUUGAGCACAGGGAGUUUGCCAAAGACAACUCUAAUUAUAAGAAGCUCGACACAUUUAUAUCCACCUCGGCAUUUGAAAGCGCAAGUCCACCGGAGGAGUAUACUCCGCAGUCGCCAACCCUCAAACUAACCCCUGUCUCCAGCGGAAGAAACCAGGUUGGUGUUCACUGCGACGAUAAUGAAAAGUACAGCCAGACACUGCAUUUUUCUCUGGUUAGCACAGAAGGUGAUCUGGGGCAGGAUGUCGUGUUGUUUGAUCAUUUCAUUGCCGAGGUAUUUGAUAAAUAG